GGACAGAGAACAAGCUGUACGAGCAAGGACGUACUAUUGCGCUUUACCACGCCAACGUUUCAAGGACAUCAAAUCUGGAUUAUAUACAGUGGUUAUCUACAUCGCAUUGCGCAGUUUAUAUACAGUGGUUAUCUACAUCGCAUUGAGCAGUCUGCAUUCUGGAAUUCAUCCUUACAUUUGUCAAUAUGACUCUGGAAGAUCUCGUCGGAUACAACCUUUCUGAGAAUAAGAUGGAGAACGUGAGCCAGGCUUUAGAGGAACUCCUCGUGGCCGCACAGAGGCAGGACUGCCUCACCGUGGGAGUGUACGAGUCUGCAAAGCUUAUGAAUGUCGACCCGGACAGCGUGGUGCUGUGCGUUCUGGCGGCAGAUGAGGAAGAUGAAGACGACAUAGCACUUCAGAUCCACUUCACUCUGAUCCAAGCCUUCUGCUGCGACAUCGACAUUAACAUCCUGCGCGUCUCCGGCAUGAGUCGCCUGGCGCAGGUCCUGGGCGAAGCGGACACGGUGGACAGCAACGGAAACGAACCAAAAGACCUGCAUUGCAUUCUCGUUACGAGUCCUCACGUUGACGAUCUGAAGAGCCAGGCGCUGAAAGAGGUCGGGAGCUUCUGCAAGGAAAGUCGCUGCAAGGAUCAGUGGGUACCGUCGCUUGCCCUGCAGGAGCGCUGAACAAGCACCCCGAAACAAAGUGGAACCAGACCAGCGAAAACGCCGGAAUUUUAAAAUCGUCGUUCUUAACCAAGUUAAGAAAGGCGCCCAGGGGAAGAUGACGGGUCCUGUGGAAUGUCCCACUCGGAUGGAGCUGGGAUAAGGCCGGUGCCUGUUCUACUCAGCCCCCCCGCCCGUGAACCCGGAAGAUCGCGUUUGUGGAGAGUGACAGUUAACUGGACUGAGGCAAGAGCCGUUAGCGUGGCAGCUGCUGCGUGCGCGCGAGUGGGAGGACCGUGGCGGUUUUCGGUGUUGUCACGGAGUUGGAGGCGAUGUGAGGGUGGGGGCUGACAGUGAUGUCAAAUAACGAACACAUUAGCGAAGUGACACACACUGUCAUUUAUUGUCAAAUGUUAUUGAUAAAAAAGGCUUUUUUCUUUUUUUUUUUUACCAUACACUGUGAUAAAGUUGCACCCCUCCCACUGGUUUAAUGUGAAACAGGGAUGGUGCAUCUAUGCUGUUUAUCUAUAGUGGUUUUACUCCUGAGAGUAAUAUAUUUUUUAUUUAUGAACUGUCUAGAAUGUACAUGGUCCACAUCAGUACUUUUGUCUGACUUUUGAAUAAAUUAUUGCUCAUUA